UAGUAAGCAAUAGGUCGGCUCAUAGAAAUAUUUGAGGUAAAAGGUAUGGAUAUUUGAGAUAAACAUUUACUAAGCCCAUAAAGCAAAUACACAUAUGUAGGUACCUAAUAUAUAUAAGUCGACCCCUAACAAUUUACAUAUUUCGGUGUGGAAAUACCAACGUCCGACGAAUGAGGGGCAGCAACCUUAGGUAAGACCGUUAAGUUACAAAGUUACAAACGCCGUCACUGGCCGCCGGUCCUUAUCAGGGAACAUCCCAGUUGUUAGUCGCCAGUCUCAGUUCUUUUGUCCGCGACGUCGGAUCAGCCACGAACUUUCUUAAACUUGAGCAGUUUAGAUAACAGUGCUUCCCCGCCGUCGCCGAUAUAAACGGGCGAUUGCAAAUCCUGCUUUCCCUGAUCUGCUGCUACCACCGGUACGCCCUGUGAAGCCGUGGCGCUCUUUAGCUUUCCGGCUCGUAGUAUCACUUACUACCAGCCUCGUUAGCAUUCGCCCAGACCUUUUUACUCCUCUUCUAACAGUUCAAGGUGUUGCCCGUACCGAAUAGAACAACGUUCUUCUUAUUUCUCCCGUUACCAUACCGACCAGAAUAACAGGAUGGCGUUGCCUAAGCGUAUCGUUAAAGAGACGGAACGUCUGAUGACCGAGCCUGUUCCUGGUAUCAGCGCCGUUCCCCACGAAGAUAACCUCAGAUAUUUCGAUGUCGAGAUCCACGGCCCCUCGGGAUCGCCGUACGAGGGAGGCGUUUUCAAGCUCGAGCUGUUCCUGACAGAUGACUACCCGAUGGUCCCACCCAAGAUCCGCUUCUUGACCAAGAUCUAUCACCCCAACGUCGAUAAGCUUGGACGUAUUUGCCUGGACGUGCUAAAGAACAACUGGUCGCCCGCUCUCCAAAUCCGAACCAUCCUCCUCUCGAUCCAGGCUCUCCUCGGUGCCCCCAACCCCGACGACCCCCUAGCCGCCGACGUCGCCAAAAGCUGGAAAGAGGACGAGAACAAGGCCAUCGCGACCGCCAAGGAGUGGACCAAAACAUACGCCGCCCCCCAGCCGAAGUAGAAGCGUAGGCUAAUAAAGGCGGCUCGUAAUAUCUGCGAGCACCUCAGGCGUAUAUCAAGACACAUCGCCCGUUUUAUUCCCGUCAUAAGGAUCGAUGGUCAUCUAGACACGCUCUAGAGGUUGAUGUUUCCGAGACUAUGAUGUCCGAUUAGUAACCGUUAGAUGGGAAGAGUUGAAGUACUACCUACCUAUCCAGUCAUCCAGUUAGCCGGUUAGCCGGUUGAGAAUCUCUUACUUAAGGGGUCGAGGACUCCUUUCUCUUUUGAAUUUUCAUUAGCAUGGAACUGCACUGGCAUUCAGCGAAUUGACCGGAAGGUGGACGGUGGGCGGUGGGCGGUGGGCGGUGGAGGGUUGUAUGACAUGCAUCUAGCAAUAGCGCAAUUAAGAAAAAAAACUCAUUCGGAACU